AUGCAGACGCUGGUGGUGGACUGGGGGGCGGCUAGCACGAAGGCCGGCAUCGCAGGGGAGGACGCGCCGUCAUUGAUCGUCCCCACGAGCCAGGACGGAGGCGCCAGGGACUCCAGCGAGCUGGCCAUCGAGGAGGUGGCCGACCUGUGGCGACUCGUGUUUGGCCCUCAGCACCUCUGCGUUGACACCACGGAGCACAUGCUCAUAACGGCCGAGGCCGCCCUGGCCCCCAAGAUCCACCGCGAGCGCUGCUGCCAGCUGGCAUUUGAAGAGUUUGGUGUGGCUGGCUACUAUGUGGGCACCAGCGCGGUGCUGAGCCUCUACGCAGCUGGCCGCACCACUGGCAUCGUUGUGGACUGCGGCCACCACUCCACCACCCUGGCACCCAUUUAUGAAGGCUACGCGUUUCCUCACGCGAUCAAAAAGCUGCCCUACGGUGGGAUCGACACCACCAAGAAGCUCAUUGACCUCCUCAAUGACUCUCCCUUCCGAACGUGGCGUCGCUUGUCCAAGACGGCGGGGGCGGACCUACGCGAGGUGGGCAAGCUGAAGGAGCGCGUGUGUCAGGUGGCGCUCGACGUGGCCACUGAACGCGACGCCGCACACCAGCUGCACGCACGGUGGGACGCCCUGCACGCGGCUACGGCCAACGAGGCGCUCUUCCUGAGCAGGCUUCCCAAGGAGCUCUCGCAGAUCGUGCUAACCAACGUACUCGACGGCGAGCCGGUCGGAAUCACUAGCUACACCCUUCCGGACGGCACAGUACUACGCGUUGGCGAAGAAGUGUUUGGCUGCGUGGAGACCUACUUCGAUCCCACCUACUGCCACUCCACAAGCUCUGCGCAGAGCUCAGCCACAGUGCCCCUGGGGCGCAGCCCCGUCAUCCGUGCUGAUCCAUCGCUCUCAAGCACGCACACUUCUGCGUCGGCCGAGGUGAGCGAUGCUGACAGGGUGGAGGAGGGUCCACCCAUGGGCUUGGCUGCCUUUGUCAGUGAUGCCAUACAGCUCAUUGACGAUGAUCUGCGCAAGGACCUGUACAACAACAUUGUCCUUUCUGGCAUGUUGCCCUCUCUCACCUCUGGUGUGAAGCCUUGCCUUUGA